AGAUCAACACCUCAAACCCACCAAGAUGCGGAAUCCCACGAGCAUGAGAUAAUCCUUUCUCCUGAUUUUCUUUCAAUUGACCAAAUCACUGAUUUGCUAGCAGUGGACCCAAACGGAGUUCAAAAAAAACUGGAAGAGUUUUUGAAUUUCAAAAAUCUUCAAACUUGUUUAAAGGAAGCUAUUCUAUUAGAUUAUUAUGUAUCUGGAUUUUUGUGGGCUAAAGGAAUGGACUUCUCUGUUACUCAAUAUUCAAAAUUUAUGACUUUGCUAAAUAUGUUACUUCAUAAUCUAAAAACUCUACACAUGUCCUUAGAAGACAGUAUAAAAUGGCUGGGAGAAGUUAUGGCUGAAAUCGGACCAGCCCAUUUAGGCAAAAAUGACAAAUGGAAUAUCUUUGAUGUAACACAAGCCAAUGCUGUCAUCGAUUACUUACAAAUCAGCUUAUUUCAACACUACAAGCUCUAUGAGUUCCUAUUCUAUUCUACCAGGGAAGAAAUUGUGACAGGAACUGAGCAAGUGAUGGAGGUUGUAAAGCCUGCAGAUAGCCCUUUCCCAGCUCCUCUGGAAGAAGGAAUCUCAUUGGAUAUUUUCUCAACAUUCAUCAUGCCACCCCCAGCAUCUGUUACAGAAAUGGAGAGGUUGGAUCAAGAACAAGGCCCUGAAGAGACCCAGCCAGAAAUGGCUCCAUCAGACUUGGAUCCUUUAGUUGGUUUCACCAUUGAAGAUAUAAAAUCAGUGCUGGACCAAGUUACAGAAGACGUUCUCAUCAGCAUUCAGACCGAGAUAAACGAGAAGCUGCAAAUACAGGAAGAGGCCUUUAAUGCACGAAUAGAAAAACUGAAAAAGGCCUGAGGACUCAGUGGAAGGAGAGUGACGCGAAACUUCACAGAAACAAAACAAAACCAGCCAGAAUAAUAUGCUCUCUAGAGCAGCGUGUCUCCUUUAUUUAGUCGUAAGAGGAAAACCAAGCCACACUUUUAUUAUCCUAAGUAAUUAGAAAAGUAUUGGCCCCAAUUUUGCUAUCUCCUGUCCCAUAACAGCCUCUGAAUUUAUUGCACAGAGUGUAAUAAGAACAUUUUGUAUAUAUAAGAGUUUGGAGAAUUAUAUAUAAAAACACAAUUACUUUUAUGAUACGCCUUUGACAUUUUGACUAAUGAAUGCUAUUUGUCUUC